AUGGGGGAUCCCGGCGACCGCUGUCCACCCGCAGAGGGGGCCCCAGUCCUGGUGCAGCGAUGCCCGCAGCCCAGCCGGCCUCAGGUGGACGUGCUGCACACAUUCUACCUGGAGCAGCUCACACAGCUGCACAAGGGGCGCAGGUGUGCCACGGCGUCCACACAGACGGGCAUCUGGUCCUCCCUGGGCAAGGCGCUGACAUUGGCCCCAAACCAGCGCCUUCGCUCCUCCCAGGGGCCAGCCCAGACUGACAGACUCAGGACCUUGAAGAUCAGCCCCAGAGGGAGCCUGGACACUUCUGGGGCUCCAGAUCCACGCAUCUCCCUGGCCACAGCCUGGACCCUGGGAGAGGGGACACCUGUGACCCCACCUGGAGCCCUGCAGACAGAGGGUGGCACCAGGAUGGCUGACGCCACAGCCUCCGUGCGCCCUUGCCCUGUGAAGACGCUGAAGAAGCAGUGGCUGGAAGUACUGGGCGCCAUGCACUAUGUGCUUGCUUUCGUGGUCCUAGGUCCUUUCUCCAUUGUUCUUCUCCUCUUCCUCCUCUUCACACGGCUCUGGUCUCUGUCUGUUCUCUACAUGCUGUGGAUCUACCUGGACAGGGACACACCCAGCCAAGGGGGACGGCGGUGUGAGUGGACAAGGCACUGGAGGAUUUGGAAACACCAAAGAGAUUACUUUCCUAUCAAGCUGGUGAAGACAGCAGAGCUGCCCCCCAGCCAGAACUACGUGCUGGGGGCCCACCCCCACGGCAUCAUGAGUACUGCACCCUUCUGUAAUUUCCUUACUGAGUGCAACAACUUCUCGCAGCGCUUCCCAGGGCUGCAGCCCUGGGUAGCCACACUGGCCGGCAUCUUCUACGUUCCCGUGUUCCGGGACUACAUUAUGCUGAGUGGACUGCGUCCCGCGAGCCGUCACAGCCUGGACUUUGUGCUGUCUCAGCCCCAGCGGGGCCAGGCGGUGGUCAUCGUGAUUGGGGGCGUCCAGGAGUCCCUGUACACGGCCCCAGGGCGACACUGCCUGGAACUCCUGAAUCGUAAAGGCUUUGUGCGCCUGGCACUGAGGCAUGGGGCCCCCCUGGUGCCUGUGUACUCCUUUGGGGAGAACGAUUCCUUCAAAAGCAAGACUUUCGCCAAAGGCUCCUGGCAGUACCUGUGCCAGGUCACCUACAAGAAGGUCACUGGCUUGCCUUUGUGCUUCUGCUGGGGCCGUGGUCUCCUCUCGCCCAACUCCUGGGGUCUGCUGCCCCUGCCCAUGCCCAUCACCACCGUGGUGGGCGGCCCCAUCCCCGUGCCCCAGUGCAGCAAUGCCAGCGAGGAGCAAGUUGACCACUACCACAGGCUCUACAUGGACGCCCUGGAGCGGCUGUUUGAGGAGCACAAGGAGAGCUGUGGGGUCCCUGCCUCCACCCACCUCACUUUCUUGUAG